AUGUGACGUCAUCAGAUCGCAGCCGCAUGUGCAGCUGAGACGCAGAAUGCACAGGGCUACACACUCCCAGGAGAGUAACCACGGUAAAUGGACGCUGUCUAGCAGCGACGAUGAACCAGAGGAAAGCGGAAAGCCGUCCCGGUCACCGACCGGAGCCAGCCUGGACCCUUUGCCCCGGUACAGCUGCUCCGAAGCCAGGAAGGCUUCCCACAAAAGAAAGGCGAACCCGGUGAGCUUCGAAGAGGAGGAACAAGGAACUCGCCAGUCGCCUGUAAAGAAACUGAAACUCGACAAAGACGACUCAGGUUGGUGCCUGUCGAGUAGCGACGACGAAUCAAAGCCAUCCCAGAAGAUUAAAGCAGAAAGAGAGGGACCGGGGAGGAAACCAAGACCACCGCAAACUCAGGACGAUGAAAGGGGGCAGAGCACGAGCGGACAGGACAAGUAUAAGACCCCAAGUGACUCUCAGGAUCCGUGGGACCUCCUGCAUGCUGGAGAACCCUUCUGCUUCUACCUCACAAAAGUCAGGGGGAUUAAACCCAAGUACAAUUUUGGGGCUCUCCACAUCAAAGAUAUUUUAUCUCCUCUCUAUGGUACGUUGGAGUCCUCCGUGCAGUUUAACUAUUGCAUAGACGUGCCGUGGCUGGUGAAGCAGUACCCCGAGGAGUUCAGGAAGAAGCCGUUACUCGUCGUACACGGUGAAAAACAAGAAUCGAAAGCGAAGCUGCACGAGGCUGCGCACCCGUAUGAACACAUUCGCUUGUGCCAGGCCAAGCUGGACAUUGCGUUUGGGACUCACCACACGAAAAUGAUGCUACUUCUCUAUAAAGAAGGGCUCCGAGUCGUGAUCCACACCAGCAACCUCAUUCACGGAGACUGGGACCAGAAAACACAGGGGAUUUGGCUGAGUCCUUUAUAUCGUCGGAUACAAGAAGGAGCCUCGAUUUCUGCAGGAGAAUCAGCGACAAACUUCAGGGCUGAUCUCAUAUCUUACUUGGCUUCUUACAACUCGCCAACCCUGAGAGAGUGGAUGGAGAUCAUCAAACAGCACGACCUCUCGGAGACCAGGGCGUACCUCGUCGGCUCGACACCAGGGAGAUUCCAGGGCGUCGAAAGAGAAAAAUGGGGUCACUUGCGUCUGCGAAAGCUUUUAAGAGAACACACGACGCCCGUCCCGGGGCAGCAGGACUGGCCCGUAAUCGGACAGUUUUCAAGCAUAGGGUCCAUGGGGGCCGACAAGACCAAGUGGCUGCACUCCGAGUUCAGGGAAAGCCUCGGGACUUUGGGAAAAGGCGCGAAGGCGGAUAUUCCCCUCCACCUGAUCUACCCGUCGGUGGAUAACGUCAGAACCAGCUUGGAGGGAUAUCCAGCUGGUGGCUCGUUGCCAUACGGUAUCCAGACGGCACAGAAACAGCCGUGGCUGCACUCCUACUUCCACAGGUGGAAAGCAGAGACGUCCGGCCGCAGCAGCGCGAUGCCUCACAUCAAGACGUACAUGAGGACCUCUCCCGAUUUCCAGGAACUCGCCUGGUUUUUAGUAACGAGUGCUAAUCUCUCCAAGGCUGCGUGGGGCUGUUUCGAGAAGAGCGGCGCCCAGAUGUUUAUCCGCUCCUACGAGCUGGGAGUCCUAUUCCUGCCGUCCGCUUUCGGUUCGGAGACGGGAACGUUCAGCGUCAAAGAAAACAUCUACGCUAAAAGCGAGAAUCCCCAAAGCGCCUUCCCGGUUCCCUACGACUUACCUCCGGAACGUUACAGCGGCAAAGACAGACCCUGGGUGUGGAAUAUUCCCUACGUCAACGCCCCCGACACGCACGGGAACAUCUGGUGUCCGUCAUGAGAGCCCCCCGACCUCGGACCCCCGGAAGGUUUUCUGAUGAGGCUUCGACUUUUUGUUUUUCUCGGCACCUCUUCGUUGGAUCAAAAGAAUGAAAUAGAAUUUUUUUUAUGUUUUUGAAUCUUCAGUAAAAUACGAGAACAUUUU